AUGGCCCCAAGCAAAGACAGCGUCCCCUCCGGUAACGUCUCGGACAACUCGUACAUGAGCAAGGCCAGCGACCCGGUGCCCGUCGUCGGCGACUCCCAGGAGGUUGAGUCAUCCAUCAGGCCAGGACAAGAGGAUUCCGAUGCUACUCUUGAGCGCGAUGAGAAGGACGCCAUCGACACCAGCAACAUCAUCGACGAGCCGAGGGCCAAGCCGGGCAAGGGCGCACUGGCCGAGAAGGAUUACAGCGAUGAGGAGCUUGUCCAGGAAGGCGAUCAGCCUUGA